UCUCGAGCAUCCUCCGAUUUGGACUCCUUUCCCACUGCUUUCGAUACCAGCCUCACUAACAAUUUUACGACCACUACCUGCCCCAAGUUUUUCGAGUCUUUCCUUUCUAAUUCCACCAUCACCGCCUGUCAUGCCGUUUCCAUGCUCCUCCGCGAUUCCAGCUCGUUCUUCCACGUUCUCACGUCCGAUACACUGACCUCGGAACUCCUGGACACUGCAUGCGCUUCUAAUGUCACUGACUGCGCGUCUAUCUUCUCUGCGCUCGCAGUUGAGCUUCUCACCGAAGAUGUUUGCGGCAAGGACUAUUCUGCCGGCAACCCUCUUGUUACGAAUGCGUACACCGACAUGAUCACCUAUGAGCCACUUUACCGGGCCACAUGUCUUCAAUCACCGGCGACCAACAAUUACUGCUUCGUGGAUGCGAUCAGUGAUACCAAUAAUUCUGCUGACUAUGAUGUGUAUUUCAUGGCUUAUGGAAGCACCAUAGCUGCCUCUCCAUCGCCCGCCUGCAAUAAAUGCCUCCAGGCUACAUUAGCUCUCUUUGCAACCUGGGCCGAGGUUGACGGACAGCCUCUUGUCAACUCCUAUAUUCCUUCUGCAGAGGCCAUCAAUUCUGACUGUGGUGAGAGCUUUGCCAAUGUUAAUAUUACUGUCGGUUCUAAG